UUCUAAGGAGUAGGAAGGCGGAAAGAGCGAGCGCGAGAGGGCAGAAAAGGAGGAGAGGAAGGUAUGAAGGAAAGCCAUUGAUAUCUCUUGGACAUGCGCUGCUCUUUGUGACCCCACUUAGUCCAUCAUUGCUUGCGUUCGAGAGCCAUGCAGCGAGAAAACAUCAUCACGGUAUUGCGUAGAAGGGGCAUCGACUUGCCGCCAUCCAAUGUCAACAUACAUUCUGACAAGGAAUUCAUCACGAUGGCCGUAAGUCUGGAUGGUCUCGCGCUUGAGUUUGCAACCUCUGAGUUGAAAGACGAUGAAGACAUUGUAUUCACAGCAGUCGAACAGAACGGCAUCGCGCUGGAAUACGCAGGCGAGGCAUCGAAGUCUGACAAGCGUAUCGUUCUUGCGGCAGUGAAGAAAGAUGGUCUUGCAUUGCAGUAUGCGCAUGAUGCCUUGAGGGCAGAUGUCGAGGUUGUGACGGCAGCAGUGAAGCAGGAUUGCCGUGCUUUAGAAUUUGCUAGCGAUGCGCUCAAAUCAAACAAAGAGCUUGUUAUGGUGGCCAUUCGACAAGACGGUGAGACCUUGUGCCAUGCAAGCGAAACCUUGAAGUCAGACAUGGAAGUAGCUCUCGCUGCUGUACAACAAGAUGGAAGAGCUUUGUUCCACGUAGGAGACGACAUGAAAUCCAACAGGGAGAUAGUGAUAGCAGCAACACGGCGCUGCGGUUAUUUUUUGGAGUAUGCAAGCGAAGAGAUGCGAGCAGAUAGAGAGAUCGCUCUGUUAGCUGUCCGCCAAGACAGCAGGGCACUAGAAUUCCUCAGCGAGGAGUUGAAAGCUGAUCGUGAAGUAGUUUCUCUGGCGGUCAACCAGGACGGAUGGGCUGCUGACAAAGACUUGGUUCUGGCGGCAGUCAGCAAUGACGGCCGAGCGUUAGAAUACGCUAGUGAAAAUUUGAAGGGGGACAGAGAAGUCGUGAUGACAGCAGUUCGACAGAACGGGGCAGCACUAGAAUAUGCGAAUGAAGAGCUCCGGGAUGAUAGAGCCAUGGUUAUUGCAGCAUUGAGGAAUGACGGCAACGCCCUGGAACACGCAGGGGACCUAUUGAAGAAUGACAGGAACUUAGUUCUAUUCAGCAUACGUGCUAACGGUAUGUCCCUGGAGUUUGCUAGCGAGGAUCUGGUCGACGACUUUGAAGUAGUCCUUGCAGCUGUGCAAGAUUAUGGGCGAGCUUUGGAAUAUGCCAGCCAGAAUCUGAGGGGAAAUAGAGAAAUCGUGCUCGUUGCAGUCCGAAGGGACGGGUUUAGUCUAGAAUUUGCAAGUGAAGAGCUCCAGAAUGAUUUGGAGAUUGUUGAAACGGCAAUAAUGCAAAGUGGGAGGUCACUUGAAUAUGUGUCAGAUGAGCUCAGGUCAAAUAGGGAAAUCGUUCUCAAGGCUGUACGGCAAGAUGGCAACGCUCUUGAAUUUGCGUCGGACGAGCUUCAAGCGGAUCGAGAUAUUGUUUUGACAAGUGUAAGAAGGUGUGGGACGGCACUGGAACACGCCAGCGAAGAGAUUCAGCGUGACAAGGAAGUUGUUCUUGCAGCGAUCAGGCAAUCGAGCUGGUCCCUUGAGUCGGUCUACGAGCAGCUGCAGAGUGACCGAGAAGUCGUUAUGGCUGCGGUGAAACAGAAUGGAAGGUCCCUAGAGUACGCAAGUAGGGAAUUGAGGGCGGACAAGUCGAUAAGAGUUGUGAUGUCUGCUGUUCAAAACAACGGCUUUUCGCUCGAGUUUGCUGAUUCAAGUUUGAAGAAUGACAGAGAGAUUGUGAUGAGUGCCGUCCGCUUCGCGGGAACUUCGUUGCGAUUCGCAUCGCCGAGCCUUCGGAGCGACAGGAGUGUGGUGAUGGAGGCUGUUCAGCAGGAUGGGUUGUCCCUAGAGUUUGCUGGUGAAGGCUUGAGAGAAGACGUGAAGCUCGUCCUGCAAGCUGUCAAGAACAAUGGGCUGGCGUUGGAGUAUGCUGCUCAACGGAUUUGUGCCAAUCGCGACGUGGUGCUAGCGGCUGUAGCUAGAGAUGGUCUCGCACUGGAAUUCGCAUCGGAGGAGUUGCGUAGCAGCUUGGAGGUGGUACUUGUAGCAGUGAAGCAAAAUGGCUACGCGCUGCAAUUUGCUUCGUCGGACUUGAAAUCGAAGAGGGAGGUGGUGAUGACUGCCGUGCAGCAAAGUGGGAGGUCCCUCGAGCACUCCAACGCUCUGCUGAAGGCUCAUCGUCAGGUCGUGCUCGAGGCCGUCAAGCAAUGUGGAUUAUCGCUGCAAACUGCUUCUGCAGAGCUGAGAAAAGACGCGGAGGUGGUCAUGGAGGCUGUGAAGCAAGAUGGCCUGGCCUUGAAGUACGCGAGCAAGCUGCUGAGGUGCAACAAAGCUGUAGCCCUCGCAGCUGUCAGGCAGGACGGGCGAGCCCUGCAGUACUUUGCAUGUGACGAGAUCCGUGGAGAUAAGGCGAUAGUGAUGGAGGCGGUGAAGCAGUGUGGUCUGGCCUUGGAGUAUGCCGACAGCAGCAUCAAGUCUUGCAAGGAGGUGGUCUUGGCGGCGGUGAGAAAAGAUGGUCAAGCGCUCCAAUACGCGAGCGAGAACCUGCAGGAGGACGAGGAAGUUGUGACAGAGGCUGUCAGACAGUCGGGGGACUCUCUGAGGCUUUUGACCUACGAGCUGAGAAACAACAAGAAGAUUGUGCUGGAGGCAGUCGCUCAGACCUUUUCAGCUCUGCAGUAUGCCAGUCUGCAGUUGCGAGCUGACUUGGAGGUGGUGAUGGAGGCUGUGAAGCAGGAUGGGAGUGCAAUGCGGUUCGCUCAUGAGGACAUUCUAUCUUGCAGAGAGGCUGUCCUCGCGAUUGUCCAGGUGGACGCCCGGGCGAUCGAGUAUGCGGAUCCUUUCCUGCUCACGGACAGAAGUUUCAUCUAUCAGCUGACCCAGGCAAACUUCGCGUCUCUCUGCCAUGUGCAGCAGCGAUUGUCGUGGGACCUUGUAGAGCAUGAGAUCGUGGACUUUGUGACAUCUCGCGCUCAAGCCGUACAGCAGGAGCUGAGCACCUCAAAGGAUGCGCCGAACUUAUAGUGCUGCAGCGGCGAGGAAGGAGCCUGGCAGGGAAGGGGUGGUUACACGCGGACGAGUUAGUCAUGUAUGUUUGGGCGCUCUAGUUGAAGUAGCUGGGGAGAAAGUGUUGAUUGAGAGUAAAGGCCUCUGUCUCACUUGUUGAUGUAGGCCUCUUGAAGCCCUGAAAGAGAAGCAGCUACGACAACGGAGUUUGAUUAAUAGUUUAAUAGACGUCAUGAAAAGCUUG